AUGGAUAUACUAUCGCAAAUGAUGGAAAUAUGGCGGCAAGAGGCGGAAGAGAGGAAACAGGCGGAAAAACAACGUCGACAAGAGGACGAGGAACGACGACGAGAGGAAGAUCGCCGACGACAAGAGGAAGACAGGCGAAGACAGGAGGAAGACAGACGUAGAAGAGAGGACGACGAGCAGAAAAGGAAGGCUGAGGAACAACGAUUCUUACAGCUGUUUGCUACCCUCACCACGUCUCCUACUCCCCCGCAGACUGUAGGACCACAGCCUGCAGUCGCCACGGACCUUCCGACUUCGGCGCCUUCGUCAGGUACUCCAGCACUGAAGUCCAGCUUUCCCCCACCCCUCGCUCAAGACGUUACUUUGCGGUCGUACAAAGAGUGGAGACAACGGUGGGAUGACUAUGCCGUCAUGAUUGACCUGCAUAACCUGCCUCAGCAUAAGCAAUUAAUACACUUACGUGCGUGCAUAUCUGCUGACAUGAGAGGAACACUGGAACACUGUUUAGGCGUGUCUCCAGCUUCAGAUUUGCCUCUGAUAGAUGUCCUCCAGCGAAUCCAAGCCUUCGUUCGCGACCAAAAGAAUGAGGCUUUACGACGUCUCACAUUUUCCCAAUGCAUGCAGGCCCACAAUGAGAAAUUUACAGAUUUUUAUGUGCGCCUAAAGCAAGCUGCAGAUGAUGUGGACCUGUGUAAAGGACAUAGCAAUGCUUGUAUCGAGACCCAAAUCAAGCAUCCCAUCUUAAUAGGUGUUCAAGAUAGAGAGACCAAACAACGCCUGUCAGAGAUGAAGUCCGACGCGACCCUUGAGGACGUAAUAACUGUGUGUAGGUCUCGUGAGGCUGCCGAGUCCACCACCCAAGAACUACGCCCAUUGCAACCAGCUACACGUGCAGUGUCUGUUUAUAAGCAGAAAAAGCGGCGAGCUGCUAUGGGUAAUGGUGAAGAACCCCACCGAAAAGCCACCAAUCGCACUCCCAAGUCUCAACAACCACAGCCAAAAGAACUUUGUGAACAAUGUGGAUACAGGUCACAUGUCAAGAAGAAGUGUCCUGCUUCUACUAGCACCUGCCGUACCUGUGGCAAAGUAGGUCACUUUGCCAGUCGUUGUAAGUCAACAAAGAAAAAGAUGCCAACCCCACAAGGGAAUGUUCUCUCAGUUUCCCAAGCUUCACACAGCAUAGCCAAAGUCUGCGCUGUUGAAACUGAAUCCUGUGUAGGCCCGGCAUCUCCAACAAUUAGACUGUUAGUGCAGUCAGGAGACUCUUCAGCAUAUGUAGACUGCAUACCCGACACAGGAUCUGAUACAUCUGUGAUGAAUGUUACCCUUCUCAAGUCUCUAGGAUUAACAACAGACAAUCUGGAAUAUACAGACUUCAGACUGCAUAAUCCUGAUGGAUCGAAAAUGAACUGCACUGUCCUUGGAUCAUUAUAUGCUAGCAUGACAGUUAUGCCUGAUCACCAUUCAGUGCCACCCCAGGAGGCCACAUGCCACCAGCCACCCCCAUCUCUACCAUCACAACAGAUCCCUUUACAUCCACCAAGACCUCCUCCACUCUCUGCAUCCCCUGAUGAGGCGAAGAAGUUUUUCCUCCGAGAAUUUUCAGACGGUCUCAUGACGAAGGAAGAUUUCCGACAGGGUACGAAGCUCAAGGAGAUGUGUGGACCCCCUAUGAGGAUCUUCGGUAUCAUUACUCCUGCAGGUGAUGAACCAUCACAAUGGUGUCACCCCUUAGUGGCUGUAGCUAAGCCUAAUGGAGGUGUCAGGAUAACUGUUGACCUCACCAAACUCAACAGUCAAGUGCUCCGCCCUUCCCAUCCCUCACCGACGCCUCAUGAUGGUGUACGUCGUAUCAAACCUAAGGCGCGGUACUUUUCCACCUUGGAUGCCUUAUAUGGCUAUUGGCAGAUACCUUUAGAGGAGCGAGAUCAACAUUUAACAACAUUCAUCACCCUUUAUGGUCGCUUCCGCUUUUGUCGUGGACCCAUGGGCUUCGUGGCCACAGGUGAUGAGUACUGCCGUCGAGGUGACAUAGCACUUGACGGAGUGCAGCAGUGUGUAAAAGUGGUAGAAGACGUCCUUCUAUGGGAUGAGGACUAUGCAUCCCACCUAAAGCGAGUACGGGAAGUUCUCAUGAGAUGCCGUGCACAUGGCAUUACCGUCAAUGCAGUCAAGUUUGUGCUUGCAGCUCCAGAAGUGUCAUUCUGUGGAUAUACCCUGUCAGGGAAUGGAAUUGCAGCUGAGGAAGAGAAAGUCUGUGCCAGAGCUGAAUUCCCAAAGACAGCUAAACUGACUGACCUCAGAUCAUUUAUGGGCUUGGUGAACCAACUGGCUGAGUUCACCCCUGCAAUUGCCGAGUCUGCUGAUGUUUUACGCCCCCUCAUGAGUCCCAAGCGUGCCUUCAUAUGGACUCCUGAUCAUGAUGCAUCAUUCAGCCGGGUGAAGAAAGCGCUAUCACAACCACCUGUUCUCGCCCAUUUUGACCCAGCACUCAAGACCAUACUUCAGACAGAUGCAUCCCGCCUUUAUGGUGUAGGCUAUGCACUGUUGCAAGAACAUAAGCCUGAAGAAUGGCGAUUAGUGCAACGUGGAGACGAGAUAUGCCACAAUUGA